AUGCUUCAGAUGUCGCCGACACGCGAUGAGAUCGGUGACUCCUGCGACUUGCAGCCGCCGUACUCCUCGGCCGUCGAGACGCCCUUCCUCCCGGACGACCUCAGGACGCCGGCGGGGUCGUCGGCGCCGUGCAAGGACAAGGACGCCAACGAGGCCUACGAGCUGGCCGAGUACGGCUACGGCAAGAACUACGUCAAGAUCCUGAAGGUGCGCCGCGACGGGCUGCGGCACAGCAUCCGCGAGUACGAGGUCAACACGCACCUGCAGCUCGACAGCCGCGAAGACUUCCUGCGGGGCGACAACAAGCACGUCAUCGCCACCGACUCGCAGAAGAACACGGUCUACGUGCUGGCCAAGAAGUUCGGGAUCCAGUCCCCCGAGGACUUCAGUCUGCUGCUGUGCGGCCACUUCCUGGACAUGUACCCUCAGGUCACCGAGGCCUCCGUCCACAUCAAGAAGUACCCCUGGACCAGGAUGCUGAGCGGGGGCCAGGAACACAACCACGCCUUCAUUCUGAGCCCCGUGGCGUAUCGGUCGUGCACCGUGAGCCAGCGUAGAAACGAGGCACCGCGCAUCCGCGGCGAGCUCCACGGCCUCCGCGUGCUCAAGACGACGCAGUCCUCCUUCCGCGACUUCGUCCAGGACGAGUACCGCACGCUGCCGGACGCCAACGACCGCAUCUUCAGCACGAUGGUGACCGCCUCCUGGCUGUACAACACGGGCAGCGCGGACUUCGACAGAGUCUGGCAUACAGUGAAGGAGUGCAUCCUUUACACGUUCGCCGGCGAGCCAAAGGAGGGCAGAUUAUCCCCGUCAGUGCAGAACACGCUGUACCUGGCCGCCAAGAUGAGCCUCGACCGGGUGGACGAGAUCGAGCGCAUGGAGGUGCAGAUGCCCAACAUACACUACAACUCGCUGGACCUGUCCAAGUUCCAGUCCACCAUCACGGGCGGCUUCGAGCACUACGAGGUGUACCAGCCGACGGACAAGCCGGCCGGCAUCAUCCACGCGCAGCUGGAGCGCAGCAACAAAGAGAUGGCCUCCCGGCCCAGGCAGGUGUUCUGCAAUAAGUUAUGAGUGGCACUUUAGCUACUCAGACAUGAAAAAUUCUAUCGA